AUGGCCACUGCGUUACAUCUACCUGUCGGACCUUCCCCAGGCUGGGAGGUCAAGGCCGGCCACGAGGGACACGCGAAAAUAUUGAACGCUGUGGCGAAGAGCUUCGUAAUUCCCAAUGCUCUCAAACAAUCUCGCACAGAAUGGCUUUCCACCGUAUUUCCCAAGUUCUCCACGAAACCACGAGCGAACAAGCCAGUCGAUGUUAUACCUCCAGAACAUCGCGCCAUAUCUCUUGGGAAAUGUAACCUCGCUAUAGGUCCACAUGUAUUCGUCGACACCGCCCUUUACGAGGUUCAUUACUCGGGUGCGGCUCCUCUCACAACACCGAGCUAUCCCUCUACGUCCAGCACGAGCUGGCAACCGUCGAGACCAUACAACUCCUCUCCAUACUCACAAUACUCCUACAAUUCUCCCUCUGCACCUCCUCAGACACAGACUCCGUCUUUACCAAGUGCUCAGACAGUUCGCGCCACCACGCCACUCGUCUCAUCUAUCGCUCCUGAGCUUCCUCGACCGUCGACAUUGGCCUCCCUUCUUGACGAUGCAGCUGCAUCAAACCCUACGCUCUCCAACCUCAUCCGUCAGGCCCUUAGUGGGCAUGCCAAUCCUGAUCAAAUGGAAACCCUCCAUUUACUCAUUAAGUCACUUGCGUCGGGUCCCAGCGCCCUGACCCCACCAGUAGCGACGACUGCUUCUGUGAUAAACACCGGACGCCCUCCCUACGUUCCUCCAGCAUACGGCGCGCCGGCAUACCAGCAACCAAGUCAAGGACACGGAUACACCACCGUACCAUCGUAUGCUCCCGCUCAACCGACGCCGCCGCCUCAGAUGCAGAGGAAUUAUGACAUUAUCCUCGAGUUCAAGGAGAAGACUCACGACAGGUGGCUUUUUCCCAGAGGACAUACAGCUUGCGAACGCAAACCUCCAACAGGACGUGUCGAAGAGAUCCUCAUUUCUACCGUUCUUCCGUUCCCUAAAUCAGCGUUUCCUCCUUCCACUCUCGAUGCAUCGUUGAGCAAAAAGCUUGAAGCCCCACGACAGGUGGUGACGUUUCACCUUACGAACGCACACCCGACUCUAUGGGAUAAUCUCGUGAAAUGGUGUGGUGGCCCGGACGAAAUGGAGAGAAAUCGGGCCAUCUUGAAAGACCCCCUAAACGGGUCUAUCUACAGCAACGGUUACCCGAAGGCGAUCUGCUCGCCCAACUGCGAGAGGCUGCGACGUCACCCUAUGUAA